AUGCUUCCAUCCUUGCAGCUUCUAAAUGCAGUUAGUCUGAAAACAGGGCCAGAACUGUGUGCUCCUUGCAACCAGCUGCCUGCCCACCGGCGUGCAGAGGGGGAUCUGUGUUGGUGUGGUACAUGCCAGAGUCCUGCUCUCCCAGCCCUGGUCCGGCCGCCAGCCCCUCCUCUGCAGCCAUCAUUGGAUAUUAAGCCCUUUCUUCCCUUUCCUCUUGACACUGCAGCUGCAGUCAACCUGUUCCCCAAUUUUAAUGCGAUGGAUCCUAUUCAGAAAGCUGUAAUAAACCAUACAUUUGGGGUUCCUCUUCCUCAUCGGAGAAAGCAAAUCAUCUCAUGCAACAUUUGCCAGUUGAGAUUUAAUUCGGAUAGCCAGGCUGCGGCCCACUACAAAGGCACGAAACAUGCCAAGAAGCUCAAAGCACUGGAAGCCAUGAAAAAUAAGCAGAAGUCUGUCACUGCCAAGGACAGCGCAAAGACUACCUUCACCUCCAUCACUACCAAUACCAUGACCACCAGCUCUGACAAAACAGACAGUACCACAGGGACGCCAGUAAUAUCAACAAUGACAAGUGUGGAAAUGUGCAAGAGCAGUGCCAUAACAACUGAGAUCACCUCUAAAGCAGAAAAAAACCCCCCGGCAGUGGCAGCCACUGGCAACAGCUCAAGUCCUUCCACAGAGACUGAGGAGGAAAAGGCAAAGAGGCUUCUUUACUGUUCACUAUGCAAGGUGGCUGUGAACUCUGCCUCACAGCUGGAGGCUCACAACAGCGGUACUAAGCACAAAACAAUGCUAGAAGCUCGAAAUGGAAGUGGAACUAUCAAGGCCUUUCCUCGGGCAGGAAUGAAGGGUAAAGGACCUGUUAAUAAAGGAAACACAGGCCUCCAAAACAAAACAUUUCACUGUGAAAUAUGUGAUGUGCAUGUCAACUCGGAAACACAACUCAAACAGCACAUUAGCAGUAGAAGGCACAAAGACAGAGCUGCUGGGAAGCCCCCCAAACCAAAAUACAGCCCCUACAACAAACUGCAGAAGGCUGCGAAUCCACUGGGGGUAAAAUUAGUAUUUUCAAAAGAACCUUCAAAGCCACUGGCUCCCAGAAUUCUCCCAAACCCACUGGCCGCUGCAGCAGCUGCAGCUGCUGUGGCAGUGAAUUCCCCCUUCAGUCUUCGAACUGCUCCAGCAGCCACUCUCUUCCAGACCUCUGCACUUCCUCCAGCCCUCCUGCGGCCAGCUCCUGGACCCAUUCGGACCACCCACCCUCCUGUGCUCUUUGCUCCUUAUUGAAUUCCGAACAGGAGGUGUUGUACUGCAAUAAUUUUUAAGACAACAACAUGAAACUAAAAUCAAACAAAAGAACUAUGCAGUGUUUAUUUAUAGUUUAAAGUGUAUCUGAAGGGCCAGGACUUUUGAUAGUAAAAUGAAAAGAUUAUUAAAAAAAAAAGUGUAGGGGUGGGACUUGGGGGAGGGGAGGGAAGGCGUGGCAUUUUCUCCAAAUUAAAGCAUCCUUCUUGAACACUGAUUGUUUUAGAAGUUAUCUCCAGCACUGAAUCAUAGUGGUAUCUAGAACUUCCAAAGUCUUUGUGACUGUGCUUUUUUGGACACCUGUUUCCCCUGCAUUGUCUUUCCUGCUUUCUAAAACAAUUAAUUAUACAUUGUCUAAGGGCAUUAACUGGUUCCAAUGUAUAUAUAAUAAUUUACUCUGUAGAUUAUAAUAAUAAUAUAUAUAUAUAAAAGAAAAAAAGCAACAAAAACAAAAGCAACACUGUGAAUAGUAGUGCCCUUGCUGGUCCUCUGGCUAUGACAGCAGUUACUGGGUAUGUAUCCAAACAAAAGUAGAUACAGUAGAUGUCUUGUCAAACAAUAGUGCUGUGUCUCAAUCUUUGCCAUUAGGUUUUAAAGAAUUGCAAAAGGUAGAAUGAACAGCUAUUUCAUACCUAUAAUCAAUAAACAAGCAAACAAAUACCAGAUGGUAUCUUGGAAGCCUACAUGGUCAGCACCCCCCUCUUGUAUGCUUAGAGGUAAAGAGGCACCAAGAAAGACACUUCAUCACCAAAUACUAGUUUCUCACUCAGAACAGGCAUUGCUGGAGAAAGUGAAGUGUUUGGAAUGGCAAUGUAUCCAAAAACCAAUCAUCCCAUGUGUCAUGGACAAAUAGUAAGGAAUCAUUAUAACUUUUUAAAUUCUAAAAAUGAAGAGCCUUCAGAAUCUCAGAUGAUGUAAAAUGAGCACAGAUCUACAAAAGUAGAGAAAAUCAGUCAUCUGCAAUAACUCUUCAUGUCAUUCCAGUAGAGCCAUAGUAAAAGGUUUUGCUUUAAAUAGGAAUGUAUGAAGACAGACAUAAGCAUGAGCUAUGGCUGUGUUUAUUGUUAUCUUUUUCCUACUGACAUGACAUAAAUCCCUAACAUACUUUUAAAUGCUAGUACUGUCAAGAAAAAUUAAUCUGAGUUCAUUGCACACCAAUGAUAGGACAUCAACAAAGUAUAUUAGCAAGGUCCCCUAGACCAUCAUUUCUCUAGUGGCAAUGUGAGAUAAGAACUGCCUUUGAUAUUUACCACAGAGCUGAAAGUAAUUGAUGUUUUAUCUUUAAAAAAGAUUUA